CCAAGGCUAAGAGGAACACUAUCCAGUGGUCUGACAAAUCAAGAUUUGACAUGCUUUUUGGAAAUCAUGGAUGCUGUGUCACAUACUAAAGAGGAAGGGGACCACUUGGUUUGUUCUCAGCUCCCAGUCCAAAUCCAGCACCCCUGUGGUAUGGGGAUCAUCAGAGUCCAUGUCAUGAGUAUCUUCCACAUCUAUGAAGGCUCCAUUAAUGCUGAAAAAUAUCUACAGGUUAAAGGAGCAACAUCUACUGCCAUCCAGACAAUGACCUUCUUAUUUCAGCAACACAAUGACAAACCACAUUCUGACAACAGGGAUUACAACAGCAUGGCUCUGUAGGAGAAGAGUCCUGCUGAGAAACUGGUCUGUGUGGAGUCCCAACCCGUUACCAUCAAUAUUUUGUGGAGGAUCCUCACUGUUUUGGAAUUGAGGUUGUUUGUUGAUUUGAUAUUCAGUUCAAAUACCGAUUUGAACAGUUAAAUAUAACUUAAUGUGAAGUUAAUGUACCUCUUUUAUCUUAUCUCUGUAAGAGCUUGAUCAAACUGUGAUGUUUGUUUGUAUCUGUAAUAUCAUGAUAAACUAAGGGUGCAGGAAGAAAAUCCCAGGGUUAGUGUCAGUAAUUGCAAACACAGCACAAACCAGAAACUCUGGGACACUAGAUGGGUUAGAAAAGCCAGGAUAAUUGUAGGGGCCCAAGAAAAACGAGGCUCCUAAAAAUGAACACACGUUCCUCACAAACUGAUGGUUGAGGGUGCUGUGCGCACUUCAGUGUUGAGACUAUGUCACAGGGAGGGUUCAGGUUUGGGCUGCAGAAACCAGGUGACAAGCAUCUAUUUUUUUUUAAUUUAUAGUUCAACUGGGUGAACUCAGACAGGCCACCAAAUCAAAUAUGCAUAUUCAAAAGCUUCCAAUAUCAACUUUAGAGUGAAGAUGUAUUAGAGUUUUGUGUUUGCAUCACUGGGACAGGUAUCGUAGGUUGAAUCUGCUCUGAAUUUUACAAGCUUCUGAGUGUGUUUGUUAUAUUUCGUUAGGGACAAGCAGAAGAGUAUUUUUGUAAAACUGUCUUCAAAGAUAUCCUAUUUUUUCAUGUAUGGACAAAGUGACUCAGUCCUGGAGAGAAACAUUUAACGUGUGUCUGAUCCGCCACACAGCAUGAAUGAACACACUCGCACAUAUUUCCUCACACACAGCGGCUCAGUAAUGAUUUUCAAUAAUAAGACGGUGGGCUCUCUACAACCACAAUAUGACUAAGAGUCUUUGUAACGGGACACUAACAAGCUAACAGCUCUUCCUCUUGGGCUUUCCUCUUCCACACUGAAGUCAAAGUUGGUUUGAUCUAUGUAUGCUGUAGUGUAUGUGUGGGUGGGUUUAGGGGGAUGGGGUUUAAAACACUCAAGUCCAGGGUAUAUAAGUACAUACGUCAGGAAACGGACUUUUCAUCCAACAUAUGUCUCCACACAGCCGCUGACAGAAACAACCAGCAGCCAUUCAGACGGAAAAUUUAAGUCAAAAUCUAACGACAGUAGGAGUAGAUAUUAAGCAGCAGCUCACCAAGUUUCAGACUUUAGAAAGUUUCUCCCGUGGGUGUGGUUUGUUGGUUUUAUUUCUCUGCUUCUGUGACACCUGCUCUACAACAACUGAGAUAAGACUUCAAGAGAAAACCUCCAGCAAAAAAAACUUAAAGAGAGCAAUUGACAAGCCUACCUCCUGAGGAACAGGUAAGACAACAGCAGCUUUUUAAAACUCCUCUGACCACAACUUAGAAGUUUUUUUAUUUAUUUAUUUUUAAUUAAAUGUUUAAAGCAGCCUCAGUAAAUUCGUGUGCAUGUUUUUAAACUUUUGCUGUAGUAGAAAAAGUGAUGAGAUCAGAUUCAGGUUUUCUUUUUGGAUUUAUGGAAAUGUAUUUAUAAAAACAAACACUUCUCUAGCAAAUUACUUGAAACUGUGUUGAAUAAAUGAUCUAAUAUCAGCAUGUUUAACUGAAAAGUCUCACACUACCAGUAGCUUGUGUGCUUAUGCAGAAACUAAAAAUCUGAGUUACAAUUUUUCAAGUUUUUAAUGUUUUUCAUUACUAGAUACUGCUGUGUACUUUGCUCUUACUUUUUUAAACCUUUUUCUAGCUUUUUUUUUUGCACCUAAUUAAUUUUAUUUGAAGACCUUAUUUCUAAACAACUUACAUUGUGACUUCUUUUAUUUUCAGAACCUAAGAGAAAGCAUUAAACUGAUCAUGCUGCAGUAAAUCUCUUUUUUUUUAUCUUUGCUAUAUAAAACACAGGAUUAAACCUGCAAAGGGGCUGCAAGCUCUUGCGCAUUUGGGCAUUUUGGGGUGUGGUGCAAGUUGGGAUAUGCAGUGGCUUUUAUUUUGGAUGACAUGCACAAAAUUUCAUCAGGUCAAGGAAUCAAAUUUGCAGCCUGUAAGAGGAGGGCUUUAAACCUGCUCUACCAACUGAACUAAAAAGAUGCUCCAAGAAUCUUUCUUAAUGUCAAAUGUCAACUCUAUGAACAAGAAAACCUUGAACAGUGUUUUCUGAUUAGAAAAUAUAUCUGAAACUAUUUCUGAUCAUUAACUUGUAUUUUGAUUUAUUUUAUUUGACUUUUCAUUAGUCAAAUAUAGACAUAAGAAGAACUAGGUUAUGUUGAUGAGCCUUAAUUAAGAGAGCUUUGUCUUUCCAAUCAUUUUAGGAUGUCAGAGCUACCGUCUUUCCCUCGUAUGCCCACCCUGCUGCUUUGCAUCCUGGGUAUGAUCGUGAUGACGUCUGGUUUUCCUCAUCCUCGAUUACAUCUCAGGUGAUUUUUAAUAACUCAGUUAAAGACAUAAGCAAACUUACUACUUACUAUUAUUGGUGCAUGAAGAGAAUAAAAACAACUACACAAAAGCCCUAAGUGGACAUGCAUUUUGUCAGUUUUCCUGUGCAAAUAAGUGUUUCCUCCAGAUCCUGACCUGUUUAUCUUGUUAUCUCAUUAGUGUAGGCAGCAUAUGGCAGCAUAACACUGUCAACAGACUAUUGUUUAGCUGUCUACAUUAUUGGGAAAUUGUCCCUCUAUCACAAGAAAGCAGGCCUUGCUAUUUUGAGAUAAUGAGGAAAAUCAAGUGUAGGUCUUGAGUACACAACUGAAAUGCACUUAACAAGUAAAACCCUGUAAAUAAUAUAUAUACAUGCAUGUCUAGCUGAGGUUUCUGUAUGAAACCUGAAAUUUGAGACAACAACUAGAUUGCAUUUCUUCAGUAAUUCUGACUUGAACCUUAUUUGCAGAAGUCCAGCUGAUUCAGAGGAACCCAAACAAGAAGACUGGGAUGUCCUCUUCCCCUCCAUCUCUCUCCGUGAUUGGAGCAUUCAAAUGAUGUCCACACCCAGCAUCGGAGCAGCAGCCAAUAGCAAGGGCAGACUGAUGAGGGAGGCGUGGCUACUUGGCCCUGAGAGAGUAGAAGCAAGGUAAUUGAUAAGAAACCGAUGAUAUUCAACACGGGUUCAACAUCAUCAAACAGUCAAACAGAGGCAUGUUUACAAUUAUGUGGCCUCACCUCUUCUUUUAACAACGUACUGUAAACAUUUGUGAACCCAGUAAACCACUUUCUGGGGUUUAGAAGGUGAAACCAUGCUGGAGGAUUUCAGCUGUUCAAAGGUUCUGGGUCAAUGCAGUGGUAUUUUUCAUUUCAUGACGUAUCCGAUGUUUUCAAUGGGAGACAAGUCAAGACUGCUGGUAGGCUGGUUUAGGAGCAGGACUCUUCUACUACAGGAUCAUGCCUGUAUUUAACAGGGCCUGAAGAUCAGGGCUAUCCAUUCAUGGUUUUGGUCUUUGUCCCUUUCAUACAGAGAUUUCUCCACAUUGUCUGAUAUCAUGUACUUAAGAUGAUGAAAGCUCCCUCUUUGCAACAUUAUUCUAAAUAGCUGAACUAUUUGCUCAUUUUUGGCAUCCUCUCACAGAGUGGUGAUUUUAAAGCAUGAACUUGAAAAUUACACUUGUGGCCUCAUGUCCCCUACAAAAGUGGUCUAAGGGUCUCGUUCUUGUGUUACCUUACAGCGAUGAGCGGGCGUGGCCUGCUGACUGGUCACCUCAGGGUGGUGGUUUGGCAAAGAGGAACAUGGUGGUGGCUGAUGAUGCUGCUUUCAGAGAGAAGAGUAAACUGCUCACUUCCAUGGAGAGACAGAAGUGGCUCAACUCAUACAUGCAGAAACUGUUGGUGGUGAAUUCUUCAUGAUGGUAAUAAAAGCCUUAACGUCACAGCCUCAGUCUUUAAAAGACUGAGUGGAUCAUCAGGAUGUGGAUACGCUGUAUAUCUACUGUCACUCUUCCUGUUUCAUAUCUCUCCUGCCAAACACUUACAAGUUAACGGUGUUCAAAGCUCCUUAAAUGAUUGACAUUUAUUUAUUCAUAUAUGUCUUGGUGUUGCGUUAAUCUUAAGUAAAUUUGCUGGUCACACUUGAAACAAUUUGUUGUCGUUUAAUUUAAUAGAUGAAUCAAUAAAAAUGCAAAGAUGUUUUUGACCUCUGUGGCUCGUGUUUGUCUUUAUGCAGUGUAUUUGUCUAAUAACAGCUGAGUUCAUGUGUUCAUAUUUUACUUUUUUUUUUUUUUUUACAUUAAAGCUUUAUCCUAGGGUCUGCUGACCUUGUUUUGGUUGUUGUUGUUGUGCAGUAUCAAUGAUUUUUUCUUUCUGUGUAGCUUUCACAAAUUUUGAAAACAUUAAAGUGGCAGAAGUUCAGUGGACCAGCUCUUGACCUCUGCAAGGGCCUCUUGAGGGGGGCAUAUUUGCUUAUCCAGUCUACAUGUGUCUCGUGGACUUGCAGUGGACCUUCAGUAGAAUUAUUGGGCGGCCUAUGGUGCUUUGAGCCUAAGUGAAAUCAAAGUGAGAGUUGUGUCUACAUCCUCAGCAUUAAGUCAGACAUGUUAGCCUUAACCAGGG